CUUCCCCUCUCACUAGUACUUGUGGUGUUCAGCUCUUCUUUGUUCUGUGGCUGGAGCUCAACCUAAUAAUAUACAAUCACAUGGACUUCUUCAAAGCUUCUGAGAUCAUCCAUGGCCUGGAACUUCGCCCCUUCCUCUUCUCUCCCCAAGCCUCCUCCUUGGGUUCAGGCUACAGAGAGAGUGCCAACAAAGAACCAGAGUGUGCUGUUCAAGCCCACAAGCUCAGAGAAGUGUUUCUCUCCCUGUAAAGCAUCACAAUCAGAGAGUGUUGCAGAGGAUACCAGUCCAACCAUAAAUCUGAAACUUGUGUGUGUGUUCAAAGGCUCAUCGGCACGAAAUCAACUGGAUCUCUUGGAACAACUGACAUCUUCCUCUCCUACUGCAAGUGGUUAUGACAGUCUUGGUGAUCCCCCCAGACCUACCAUCCGAGAACAGCUUUCUGAAAUAGUAGGAGACAGAGAUGGUGAGUUCAUCCUUCCACUUGGUAAGAAGCUGAAAGCAAGUCUGAAUACAUUGACCAUAUCACAGAAAAGAAACAUCAAGCGACAGGCUUACCUGAAUGAAGUUGAACAAAGAAACGACUCUGUCUUCUUUGCAACAAUUGGAGCAUUUGUGCUUCUACCACCGGCAGUCAUCUUGUCUGUUGCCAUAUUGACUGGAUAUGUGCAGCUCUUCCCCUGAAUACAGAAAGGAUGUUUCUGUUUCCAUGUUAUGCUCACCAUACUGUUAGACAUCAAUAUUACAAAUCUGAAGCAUGAACAUUUCAGGAA